CUGAUUGAUACUGUAGUACCAUACCAUACCACAUCAUAUAUGUGUUUUACAGAUCUUAUCCUAGAAGAGCUGGCUUUCAACUUAGCUGAUCCAGAGUUGGCUACUCAGAAGAAAGAAAGUGAUACAGCCAACACAUAUGGACAGGUAAUGACCAAAUCACCUCUAGCAGUUGUUGUUUAGUAUUUUGUCCAAGUAUUACAACUGGAUGUGUCUUCUAGCUCUAUGUGUUAUGUGGAAUUUCCCACAGGUCCCAAAGGUGUGUCCUAUUGGUCUCCCUCCAAAGAAAGAAAAUGAGACAGACAGCACCGAUGUAUACAGGUGAGCCACUGGUAGGUCAGCCCACAGAUAGCCAUACGUUAUGACCCUGGUGUAAUAUUCAUAUGUGUCAGCAUAUUGAAUUGUAAUUGGAUGCAUUAUACUGUCAUAUCAUACUGUGCUAUGAUUGGUUAAGACCACCCAGGUGGAGAGGUCAUUCUAAGAUGAUCAUGGCCAGAGACACAUGGACAUGCAAGUUAUAGCUAGUUAAUAAAGAGCUACGUUUAUAAAUAUCCUGUCGUCCUGCAUUUUAUUAUUUUGUACAAAGCAUACAAAACAAGACAUGGUGUCAGAGUAAAAGGACUAAAAGAUGGAUUUUGCUGGAGUUCCUUCACCUCGAAUGGAUUGGGGGUCUACAAAUCUACCCGAUGCAUGGCGUAAAUUCAAACAGCAUGUGGAGCUGAUGUUCACGGGUCCUCUGAAGGAAAGAGGAGAAGAGGGAAAGUGCAGCUACCUGCUCCUCUGGAUCGGUGAAAAAGGGAGAGACAUUUACAACACAUGGACACUUACCGAGGCUGAAUCAAAGGUACUGAAAACAUACUACGAUCGUUUUUGAAGCAUAUGUUGUGCCAAAGACCAAUACAAUUUUCGCUAGGUACAAAUUCCAUGAGAAAGUACAAGGCGCUAGCGAAUCGUUUGAACAGUUUGUCACUGAGCUGCGUCUGCUUGUGAAAGACUGUGAUUAUGCAAACAAGGAUGAGAUGGUCAGGGACCGUAUUGUAUUUGGAAUACAAUCACCGCGAGUGAGAGAGAAACUUUUGAAUGUUGGAUCAGAGUUAACGCUGGACAAAGCUAUCGACAUAGCCAGAUCUCACGAGCUAGCACAGGUUCAGAUGAAAACCAUUUCAGGCGGCAGCACGAGCGCAUCACGUGAACAAGCAGUGCACGCAGUCAGGCAGACAUCAAAGCACACCUCCAGUGCCCAGAGAGCAUGUUUCAGAACGGAGACAGACAGAACUCCAAAACAGAGCGACACAGACUCCAAACGCCCCAAAACAUGUGGAUAUUGUGGAUACAAAGUGCAUGGCGAACAGGGGAAUUGCCCAGCUAAAGGCAAACAGUGUACUAAAUGUGGAAAAUGGAAUCACUUUGCAAAAGUGUGCAGAGUUUACCGUGGAAAAACAGUACAUACAGUGAGUGAAGAUGAAAUGUCAAUCAAAGAGUCAAAUGCUGAUGAACUGUUUAUUGAUUCAGUGACACAGAAAAGUCAGAUAUCAGAGACAGAGCAAGCCUUUGCUGACAUUGAGAUAGGAAGACAAGGCACAGAGCUAAAAUUCAAACUAGACACUGGUGCACAAGUAAACAUUAUUCCUCUGAGUAAGUACAGAAGCUUGACAUCUGAGUGUGAGCUACAGCCCACCAUGCGCAGACUGACUGGUUAUGGUGGUGAACAGCUCCCAGUAAAAGGCACAUGCACUCUCAAAUGCAAAUACAAGGAAAGGGACAUGAUGUUGGACUUUUACGUUGUUGACACUCGAGCACCUGCAGUGCUAGGUCUUAAAGCAUGUUUAGACAUGGACCUUAUCAAGCUAGUUUUAUCAGUGACAGCACCAGUAGAGAUAGAGAAUGUCAUGGAGGAGUUUGCUGAUGUUUUUACAGGAAUAGGACUAUUCCCAGGAGAAUGUACCAUUCACCUUAACCCAGACGCAACCCCUGUGAUCUACCCACCGAGAAAGAUUCCACUUGCUCUCCGCGCCCGUCUGAAGAAAGAGUUGGAGAGCAUGGAGCAAUCUGACAUCGUCACCAAGGUUACAGAACCGACGGAUUGGGUCAACGCGUUAGUGGUGGUGGAGAAACCACGGACAGGCAAGCUCAGAGUAUGUCUCGACCCAAGAGACUUGAACAAGGCUAUCAAACGCCCCCAUUACCCCUUACCGACGCUAGAUGGCAUCACACACAAGCUAGCGGGCGCACGCUACUUCAGUGUCAUGGACGCCAGAUCAGGCUACUGGGCUAUCAAGCUCACAGAAGAGUCAUCUAAGCUCACAACGUUCAACACACCGUUUGGACGCUACAGGUUCCGUCGCCUGCCUUUCGGGAUUAUCUCAGCCCAAGACGAGUUUCAGCGAAAGAUCGACGAGGUGUACGAAGGCCUCGACGGAGUCGUGGCAAUUGUGGACGACAUCCUUGUCUAUGGUCGAACCAAAGAGGAACACGACAGAAACCUCAGCGCGAUGCUGCAAAGGUCCCGCGAGAGAGGAGUCCGGCUCAACCCCGAGAAGAGCACAGUCGGCGCUACAGAGGUCAGCUACUUCGGGCAUCUUCUCACAGCGAAUGGAAUCAAGCCAGAUCCGGCAUUUUCUCCUCUCCACAGGCCAUCCUGACUGUAUGACUUUCCUCAGCUGUGUGAGUUGUGUGUCUUUUUCUGUUUCUGCUCGGAUCUCCUUCAGUUUUGUGUCACUAACUGGUAAGUUGCUGUACACAGUGUGCACCUGCAUGUCCAUGCCUUCACUGAGGCUGCUGUCCUUGUAGGUAAGAAACUUCCUGGAGAGUGUGUCUGCGACAGGGAUGUCUUUGCCUGGACGGUGAGUGAUUGUGAAGUCGUAUUUUUGUAGUUGAAGGAUCAUUCUCUGUAGCCUUGGCGGGGCUGCGGCUAACGGUUUCCUCAUGAUUGACUCGAGGGGCUUGUGGUCUGAUUCCACAAUGACUUGUCGUCCAUAGACAUACUGAUGGAAACGCUUACAUCCGAACAGAAUGGCGUACAGCUCCUUUUCGAUUUGAGCGUAGUUGAUUUCACAGUCUGUGAGAGAUUUGGAAGCGUAGCCGAUGGGUUUUCCUUCUUGCAGUAGCACUGCCCCUAGUCCAUACUUUGACGCGUCCACCUGGAGUCUGAGCUCUUUGUUGGGGUCGUAGUAGGCAAGGAUUGGUCCUGGUUCUCUCGUGAUCAAGUCUUUCACUUUCUGGAAAGCGAUGUCGUGUUGGUUGUCCCAGAGGAACUCACUGGACUGCUUUAGCAGCUGACGCAGGGGUGCAUUAGCAUUGGAGAGGCUGGGUGCGAACUUGGCUAAGUAGUUGACCAUGCCAAGCACUGUUUCCAGCUCUGCGCGGUUCUUUGGUGGCUCCAUUUCCUUUAUGGCUGAGAUCUUCUGCGGAUCUGGCUUGAUUCCAUUCGCUGUGAGAAGAUGCCCGAAGUAGCUGACCUCUGUAGCGCCGACUGUGCUCUUCUCGGGGUUGAGCCGGACUCCUCUCUCGCGGGACCUUUGCAGCAUCGCGCUGAGGUUUCUGUCGUGUUCCUCUUUGGUUCGACCAUAGACAAGGAUGUCGUCCACAAUUGCCACGACAUGUCAUUGCUACAGUGAAAAGCUGAGUUGCUGAGAAAUAUUUGUUCUAAAAGUAACAGUAUGCUGAAUCAUUGUUUGUCUGUUAUGUUGAUGCAGUUGGUGCAGUUUAAAUGGUUACUUACCUCGAGUUCAAACUACAGAGCAUAUAUUCAAAAGAAACGCUUUAUUGUUCUACAUAUUUUUUCUUUUUUUUUAAAAGAAGGGGGAUGUAAUAUUCAUAUGUGUCAGCAUAUUGAAUUGUAAUUGGAUGCAUUAUACUGUCAUAUCAUACUGUGCUAUGAUUGGUUAAGACCACCCAGGUGGAGAGGUCAUUCUAAGAUGAUCAUGGCCAGAGACACAUGGACAUGCAAGUUAUAGCUAGUUAAUAAAGAGCUACGUUUAUAAAUAUCCUGUCGUCCUGCAUUUUAUUAUUUUGUACAAAGCAUACAAAACAAGACACCUGGGUGAGACCAUACAGAUAUAACUGAGACUCAGAUUUAUCACCUCAGAUUCCAGUAGAAUCUGUCCAGUGUCCACUGCAUACCAGUGCUCAUCUGUGAUUUUCUCUGUGUGUUUGUCAGUGAGUUACCAGCUCCAGUGGAUGCCGGUCUGCUGAGUCCUUGCUCUGCUACCAGGGAGCUGGACUCCAUAAUGGAGGAUUUGUUACUUGGCCUGGAGAUGGGGGUGAGGAAGCAUCUAUCAUUGAAUACACCUUUGGUCAGAGCAUGAGCAGAGGACGACUGUGGAAGAAUGCAUUUCCUUGUUUCCUUGUGUCCUCUUUCCUCGCCCCCUUCUCAAAACCCAUUGUAUGAGAAGGUCAGAGGGGAGGGACCUCUGAGCUUCCCAUCAAAUGGCUUCUCAUCCAAUGGGUUUUGAGAAGGAGGCAAGGAGAGAUGGGGAGAAUCAAGCAAAUGCAAUUGAGAUUCUCCCUGUGUCUUUCAGUGAAGUUGACUUGAUCUGACAGCAGAGGGCAGUAUAACCAAACUAAACAAAUAUUGGUCAGCUUUAGUACCACUAGUGCCACCAAAUGUAAUAUAAUUUUGAGAUAUACAACUGUUAAAGACAUGUUUUAGAUGCAUAUGAACAGAUGCAAUUCUGUUUUGAGGACACACAGCUUUUUCUCAUCUUUAGCUCCCAGACCCUCCCGCUCCCUCAACCCCACCACCACUUGUCCAGAAGUCAGUCAAAAAAACACAGGUUGUAGAAAAUAAAGAUAAGGAUGACCCCCAAGCGGAACAGGAGAGCACCAACAGCCCAAAGACUUCUGAUCUGGAGCGCAAGGCGUCAACACAGAGAAAAACGGACGCCAUAGAUGACCUUCUGGGAGGCCUGAGCUCUGAUAUGGAGAAGAUGGGUGUACGAACAGUGGCGAAGGGCCACUGUGCUUCCUGUGGCAAGGUCAUUGUGGGAAAGGUAAAAACCAGACAAAAGCUUGAUUUCAAAAUAACAUUAUAGGCGAAGAUGAUCAAUCAAAAGUACUAUGGACAGCAUAUGAAACAAAGUAUAUUUAUUUCUUACCACUUUAUUUCAUUCUGCAGAUGAUCACAGCCCUGGGCCAGGUGUGGCACCCAGAACACUUUGUUUGUGUGGUGUGUCAGGCUGAGCUGGGCACCAGUGGCUUUUUUGAGAGGGAGGGGAAGGCCUACUGUGAGAAAGACUACCAGCACCUCUUCUCACCUCGCUGUGAUUACUGCAAGGGCCCCAUUCUGCAGGUACACUCCUUCUCUUUAGAUUGGACUGUAUUAUCACCAUUAUCUAACGCUGCACAAAACCAACUCACCACCUCUCUAGAUCUGUUGUCGUUGGGUUUACCUCACCGCAUGCUGGGCUCUUUGACCUCUCUCUCAGAACAUUCUGACAGCGAUGGACCGCUCCUGGCACCCUGAGCACUUCUUCUGUUCCCACUGUGGGGAGCUCUUUGGGGCUGAAGGUGAGGGAGCACACAUCUAUCUGCCUGACAGAUAGCACAACAACCACUACUGUUCCCUAUAGGGUAACAUACGUUUUAGACCACAGUGUGACUGAGAACACUCUCCUCUCUUUGUGUGUGUGUCCUUUGAUGUGCCAUAGGUUUUCUGGAGAAGGACGGGAAGCCGUACUGUCACAGAGACUUUUACCAUCUAUUUGCUCCAAAGUGCACUGGUUGUGGAGACCCUGUGAGAGAGAACUACCUGACUGCAGCCAAUGGCACCUGGCAUCCCAACUGCUUUGUCUGCUCAGUGAGUCGCUCACCACAGAUCACACACAUGGCUUCGGCUUCGAAACUUCUACCAUUACUCAGACAAUACACUUUGAACAGCCAACAGCCACAAUGCAACAUUGUGCUGAUAUUUUCAUAAUCCUCUUCAAUCUCCAAAAAAGAGUAGGCCUACUAUAUCAACUAGAUAGAAUGAGUGAUCUGUUUCUCCUUCUCUCCAUCCCUCCAGGACUGUCUGAAGCCCUUCACCGAUGGUUGUUUCCUGGAGCUGGAUGGUCGUCCCCUGUGCUCUCUGCACUUCCACUCCCGACAGGGUACACUGUGUGGGGGCUGUGGAGAGCCCAUCUCUGGCCGCUGCAUCUCUGCUUUGGAGCGCAAGUUCCACCCUGAGCACUUUGUGUGUGCCUUCUGUCUGCGUAAACUCAGCCAAGGGGGUGUUCAAGGAGCAGGCAGGGAAACCCUACUGCUCAGCCUGCCACACCAAACUGUUUGUGUAAGACUUAUACUGUAAUAAUAGUACCCAGUUAAUAUAUAAGGUAAUCAAAUUAACCUGAAAAAAGUCAUACUUAUGUGGAAAAAUCCCACACAAAUCAUCAAGGCAAUAUCCGCAUACGAAAUGAAAAAUAAACUAUUA